AUGGAAGCACCAUUGCUAGUAUUAUUCAUCAUCUUAAUCCUGAUUACUGUCAACAAUCUCAGAGACAUGUCUAUUUCCUGUAAUGUAUCACUUUUACUCGCUUUUGCACGAUUAAACAGCAUCUUUCACAUGAAAGUGAAAGCAUAUAGUCCAUUAGUCGUUAUCUUUAGGGGAAAUAACAACAGUUCUUAUAAUGGGGUAGAGUCCAUUGCCUUUACAUUCAAAAACAACUGCCCAUAUACCAUAUGGCCAGGGACUCUCUCUGGCGCAAGCAGCCCAAUAUUAUCGUCGACAGGAUUUGAGCUUCCUAAUGGUGCCACAUUUACUCUUGAUGCACCGACUCCUUGGUCUGGCAGGUUUUGGGCACGCUCACUUUGCCACUCUGAUGCCACGGGCAAAUUUAGCAUCACUGCUUCACUGAAAGGAGUAUCUCAAAGACUGAAACACAAAGAUGAUAGUGUCUCAACCUUACUAGCCCGAAAAAGACCAAUUUUACAAACCCAUGCUAUAUCUACGCUGUUAUUGUUUUCCAGGUGCAGCACAGGGGACUGUGGCUCUGGUGAGAAAUCAUGUAAUGGAAAAGGAGGAGCUCCACCUGCAACCUUAGCAGAAUUCACUCUAGGAGGAAGCAUGAACAAGGACUUUUAUGAUAUCAGCCUCGUUGAUGGCUUCAACUUACCGUUAUCUGUGGUCCCACAAGGCGUCACUAAUGAGUGUCCUGCUACAAGCUGUGCAGCCGAUUUGAACACUCAGUGCCCAGAUUCAUUGUCUUUUAAGGAUACUAAAGGGAGUACCAUAGGUUGUAAGAGUGCAUGUUUGGCAUUUAACCAGCCGCAAUAUUGUUGUACUGGGGAAUACAAGACACCGCAAACAUGCCCACCAACAAAUCAGUCACUAUACUUCAAGAAUCAGUGCCCUCAAGCUUAUAGUUAUGCCUAUGAUGAUCCUACAAGCACCUUUACAUGCCCUACAGGUGUAAACUACUUCAUCACUUUUUGCCCUUGAUUCUUUUGGAACCACAAGAACUGUACGGUCAGUACCACGUAGGUUUUGAAGUAGAACUCCAGCAGUUACUAUGUUAAUAAUUCUACCCGGUAUGAAGAUCUAAGGGCAAUCGAUAUAAAGGGGGUCGAGCUGAACUUCUUUGACACCAGCACAACCCAUUUAACAGAGUUGCCAGCUCUAAACAAGUGGGAUUAAUAUUAUUUUAUUGUAUGCAAGACAUAAUUUUUUACUAUUUGUUAGAUGGUGUAAAAGUAGAAUCCAUGAGUAUACACAGCAAAGAAGAUCGAUUUCUAUGGAUUAGCUCCUCUCAUACUACGGGAUCCCUCUUCCUCAAAAUCUCUUAAGCUUUUAUUCGGGAUCCCUCAUCCAAGCCAAUCCUUCUCUCUUUCGAUAGCAUCUGCAGUACCAUACAGAUCCACUUUAAUCUGCACAGCAGCCUGUAUAUGCUAACCUUGUGCAGAUUGCAUUGAGCCACUUCAGGCAUUUAAUAACACAAAGGACAUAAAGGGAACAAGAGUGUUUGAGAGGGUCCAAUCUCUAUUUCAUCUGAGCUUCAUUCCAACAAAUUUGAUGAAUCCUUGUAAUGAGCUAACCAGGUGAAAAAUUAUUAAAUGAAAUCACUAUUACCAGUACAGCCCACCAAAGUACCAAACCAAUCUAAUACCAAACUUUCCUUGAUUGUUGGUAAUCAUUUGUCUUCAUAUUCACACUCUUAACAAUUAGGCCCUCGAUAGUCGAUACAAUAAGGAACCUCCAUCAAACUCAACUAAUCCUCUCAUACAGCAUAUAAGUUGGCCGUCCAAUCAUUCUAAGAUUAAGCACAUCACCGUCUGACUUAUCCUAAAAUCAUAUUUGCUGCAGAACAUUUUCUUCAAGAAACACUCGGGAAUAACACUACCUCAGCAGAUGGAUCUGCUAAAUGAACUGCACCUGGAUCCUCAAAUACAUCCGAGUGAAUAUGCUAUACCUAUGCCAUCAAAGACGGGCUCUAACUUCCUUAGACUCCAUCAGAUCACUUCCCUCAAAUCCAUUCCUGUAACCAAUCACACUCAAAGACCAAAUAGACAAGAAGUGCCAACUAAUCAAGAAAUACACAGCAUCUGACACUAGCUAAUAAUAAAAAAACUGCCAUACUUUUCCUCACAUGUACUUGUUUGUUUAGCAAAACCCAAAUCUAGUCCAUCUGACAACAGUUGUACUCCCUUAUAGUCAAUUGAAUCUUCUAGCCCUCGAAUAUGCAUCUCGCCAGUUAGAUUCAUAAUCCAAAUUAACAUAUACACCAUUGCAUCAUCAAACUCGACGAAUUCCUGGCAUCUAAUAUCAGCCUCAAAUGUCAACUAGUGCACAAAAAAGAUAUCCUGCUAACCUGCAGAUUGCAUUGAGCCGCUUCAGGCCUUGAAUUACAAAAAGGACAUAACUUUGACAAUAAGAUAUCCUGCUCUUCAUAUCUACGGCACAAAGAAGAGUGUUUGGGAGGGUCAAAUUUCUAAUUUCGUUCGAACUUCAUUCCAACAGAUGUGGAUGAAACUGUUUAAUGAGCUAACCAGGUGACUGAAUAUUAGAUAAAAACACUAUUACUAGCACAACCCACAAAAGGUUCAAACCAAUCUAACACAAAACUAUACUCUUGUUAGUAAUCAUUUGUCUUCAAAUUGAGACCUCUCAACAAUUAGAAUCGAAAAAAAAGGAACCACUAUCAAACUCGAGUAAUCCUAUCAUAUGUAGCAUGUAGUCAUGUCCGUUCUAAGAUUAUGCACAUUACAGUGUUGCUUAUCCUAAAAUCACAUUUGUUGCAGAUCAUUCACUUUGAGAAAUACCCUGGAAUAACACUAGCUACCUCAGCAAAUGCACCCACUAAAUGAACUGCACCUAAAUCGCGUCAAAGACAUCUAAGUAAAUAGGCCAUACCUAUAACAUCAAACACCAGCUCUAUCUUUCUUAGACUCCAUCGGAUCACUUCCCUUAACUCCAUUCCUGUAACCAAUCACACUCAAAGACCAAAUAGACAAGAAGUGCCAACUAAUCAAGAAAUACUCAGCAUCUGACACUAGCUAAUUAUAAAAAUACUGCCUUAACUUUUCCUCACAUGUACUUGUUUGUUUAGCAAAACCCAAAUCUAGUCCACCUGACAACAGUUGUACUCCCUCAUAGUCAAUGGAAUCUUCUAGCCCUCGAGUAUGAAUCUCACCAGUUAGAUUCAUAAUCCAAAUAAAUAUAUACGAAUUCCUGGCAUCUAAUAUCAUCCUCAAAUGUCAACUAGUGCACCACAUGUAAUUCCAUACUUUGCUCUAUUACAUGACAUAAAUUCGCGGCCUAUCAUUGCUUAACACAGCAAGCCUUAGAACUAUACUAGAUAUACAUGAUUGCUUCAGACUCUCCUAUAACUAUAAGUUUCCAUCAUUAGGUUCAGAAGAUUUUUACUUCAUCCAUUAAAACCCAUGUAAGCCUAAGAUCAAAGGUAGAUUUUACUCAUUAUUCCAACUAUUACACCAAUAAUAGCAGUAACCAAUAAUUUCACAUCAAGAUUUCAUCAAAAAUUGCACACAUGAAGAGAUGUGUAAUACUGAUAUAUACUGUAAAAGACAAGAUUAAUCACAGUUCAGUACAGUAAAAAUUAAAUAAUACACUAAUCAACAAAAUAUAUACAAACACAAUUAAAUUGCAAGGAAAUUUCCCACCAAAUAACCAAAAGAAUUAGUACCCACAUUAAAAUUUUAAAAAUCCAGAACAAAAAACUUACCAAAAAUAGCAGACAAACAAUUAGAAGAUACCUGGGGCUUGGUUCAUGCAUCAAAAAAUUAGUGAAAUUUUAGCAAGAUUCCUCAUCAGUUAUCAUUGACCAAAAAGGGUUGCCAAAAAAAUUAGAAAAAAAAAAGAAGAAGAAUUUACAAAAAAAAAUAAGGAUAAACAAACAGAAAAACAGGUGUGUGAGUGAGUUGAAAAAUAGAGAAAAAAAAUGAUAUUGGUGUCAUUGGGAGACAUAAAACAUGCAGUUUUUGUUUCUCUCUCUUUUAAUUUCUACCCAAUUGUUUAAACUAAUUGGAAGAUUCCCAAAAAAUGCUUUGUUGUUAAUGAAGAAUUUAUAAAACGAUUAAAUUAAAAAAAUAAAUCACAGAUUUUAGAAAAAGAGUCAGUAUUAGAGUUACUAUGCAACCAUUUAAAAAAUGUCCCCCUUUCUCAGUACUUGACGCAUCUUCACACAUUGUAUUCCAAAGAGAGAGAAAAUAACCCCACAAAAUUAUGUUAUUACAAGAUCUAAUUUUUACUUUUCUCUCUAUACCCUUCUUUAAGAUUUCUCAGAUUUUGAGCUCGAUGUGAUAUCAUAGUUAGUAACCUCGCUUUGAAAUUACUUUAGUGUUUUGCUCCUAUCUCCUUCGUCGUCGUUUCGUUUCAACCAUUCUACAAUGAGUGGGUUAAACUGGUGAUUGAUUUGCGAAACGACGACAUUCUAUGAAUUUAAGCCUGAUGAGUGUGAUAGCAACAGGAGCUACAGUGACAGUGAUUUAAAUGCAGUUGAAGUUGAACAUUUUUGUUGAGAGUGAAA